UGUGUUAUUAUUGAUUGUUUUGGUUGUUAUUAUUAAUACAAUUAUUGUAUAAAUUUAGUGAUAAUUAUUUGAUUAGAAAUGUUUUACUUAAGACAAACAUUUAAUCGACAUUUAUGUAGACAUUUGUCGAUACGAUUCAAAUCAAUUAAAGACACAAAUGUUUGGACACAAAGUGCAAAAUGUUUUCAUUUGACUGAAUGCAUGAAUAAAACAACUCUGAAGAACACGAGUGGUAAGAGUCAGUCAUCACAGGAUUGGUUGCGACGACAGAUGAAUGAUCCGUACGUAAAGAAAGCCCGUUAUAACAACUAUAGAGCCAGAAGUGUGUUUAAAUUGAUGGAAAUGGACAACAAGUAUCAGAUAUUACAUCCAUCGAUGAUUGUGGUCGAGUGUGGAGCCGCACCCGGUUCGUGGACACAAUAUAUUGUUAAACAACUCAAACUGGAUGCUGAAAAUACAUAUCCGACGGGUGCUGUCAUUGCAAUUGAUAUGCGUGCCAUUAACCCGAUUGCCGGUGCCAUCAUUAUGGACAAUAUGGACUUCACUAAACCCCUGAAUCAAUCAAAGAUAUUGCACGCAUUAAAUGGUAAGUUAGUUGAUGUAGUGGUCAGUGAUAUGGCUCCCAAUGCCAGUGGUAAUCGUGAUUAUGACUCGACGGCAAUCCAUAAUCUAUGCUAUAGUGUCCUUCAAUUUUCAUUAACUGUUUUAAAGCCAAUUUCGGGUACAUUUCUGACAAAAAUAUGGGCCGGAAAUGACACCGAAAAGUUUAUCCAUCAUUUGAAUCAAUUUUUCAAUGAAGUCACUCAUCUAAGACCCGACGCCUGUAGGGCUGACUCAACAGAAUCCUAUAUAAUGGGCCGAUAUUUCAAAGGAAUUCAAACAUAAUAUACUAAUGAAUUGCAAUUAAAUUUAUAUAAAUUUUAUUGAAAAUUAUCAUUUCAUUUAAAUUAAUAUCUAUUAUAUUUACAAUAUUUU